UACACCUUCCGCUUUCUCUGUGACGACCCGGGAUUCCAAUCAGAGUACCUGAUGUACAAGAUGUGUUAUCGAGGGGUGUCAAAAGACUGGGAUGCAUGUGCCAGCCGAUUCGUGCAGCUUGUUAGGGAGGAGAUGAACCGAAAGAAUGUGACGGAAGCAAGUCGACUAAUGGAGUUGUGCUGCGCGAAACACGGAUUUCUGAGGUGUGUUUACGCGGCGAGCAGGUACAAGUGUCGUAAGGAGGAGGCGAUGUUCUUGAAGAAAAUUGCCGAAACGUUGUCUGAUACGCGCGUCUACUCGCCGCACUGCAAGAAUGUGGAGACCCAACUGUGCAGUUGUGGAAAAAUGCUCUGGGCAUCGAUUUCGUCGAUCAUCGUCACAUUUUUAACGUUGACGACACUCUCUCUGUGUUCCUGCAGCUCAUCAGUUUGCUGAGAGGUAAUUUCAGGUUAAUUAACAACAACAACAAAAAUACAGGUUUUUAUUUUAAUUAUACGACAGUUGUGUUCCAUUAAAAAGAAAAAGUUUCAGCGAGUAAAACUGCUUAAAUCGAACAUAAUUUCCAAAACAUCGUGUCGAUCAAAGUUGCAACGCUUGAUUUAGUGAAUAUCUCCAUUCUUCGAUAAUUUCCUUUAAUUAUUCUGAAAAAUUAGUGUUUUAGAAAACAUUUCCCUUUGGAAGGAAACGUACAAAUUUCAAGGCAGGUCUGUUUAGAACGAACGCUGUAGAGUUGUACUGACGAAGUACCCCACUCAAGUUCUGGUUGGGUUCAGACCUAUACUCAGUUUCCCAAUACAGUUGCCAUGGUAGUAUCUUCAGACAGGCCAGAGCUAGCUUACUCACUCACGAGUCAUGGACGUCUUUACGCGUCACGGAACACCACGUAAAUUUUCCUUACAACACCCUCGAAUAACUUUGGAAUAAAACAAUUAGUACAUCUCGACAGAUUAAAACAAAGAAAACAUCACAUUCAGUACCAUUGCAUUCAAUGAAUUUACCUUAAAACAAUAGUUUGCGUAAAAAUCUACCAAAUUACACGGCGCUACAACCCAGCUGACAGUCGUGUUCAUACUCACUGCUACGAGAACCACAGAGACGAACAUCGUGUAAAGGUACGUACGUAAUAGACGCAAAAUACCAAUAUUUAAUGUUAUUCAACCUCUUUCAGAGACUGUGAAGUAAAUGAAUAUUUUACCAACAAAUAUGAAUUUCAAACAUGUGACAGUGCAAGCUUGAAGAACGUAAUCUGCGUUUGAAUCCAUGCACCAGUGACGUGCAGAGUAAGAAGUUAAUGUGGAGACUUCAAGCCGAUUUGGAACUCUCGACGUAGAAUGCGUGAUUUUGUCAUGUUACUGUUUAGUGAUCACUAUUUCUACUCUGUAGGAAAAUAUUUUUUGUAAAUAUAAAUUAAAGUUAUUUCAGAAUCGUAAUAAACUAUGAUAGUAAUAAAUGAGCAGAGAAAUGAA